AAGACAUCAACAACGUGAUCGACCCUCGACUGUACUCCUGCCCUUCCAACGACAUCUUUGGACCAUACCGACUAGAACUGGAUCUCUCAAGUCACACGAAAGCCCCGACAGCUUCAACGCAAAGCUACCACCAUGCAGAACCUCAUCCACACCUUCAUCGAUCCGCUACGCGACCGCUUCGCUCCGAUCUCUCACAACUCGACCUUUCGCGAGAACGGCCAGGUCACGCCGGAAGAGUUCGUCAAGGCCGGCGAUUAUCUCACAUUCAAGUUCCCGAGCUGGAGUUGGCAACCCGCCGCCUCGCCCUCACAGCGCGUUGCCCAUCUGCCCGAAGACAAGCAGUAUCUCAUCACACGCGGCGUACCAUGCCGUAAACGUAUCAAGGCGGAUGACUUCGCUGGGAGUGCCUCGGGCGAGGAUCAGCUCGUGCACGAUAUGCUGAAAGAGACGGGCGGAGAAGUUGGCGAUGCGGACGAUGGCUGGCUAAAGGCAGGUGGCAACAGCAGUGGUGAGGAUCGGAGGGACGCCUCUCUCGUGAGCGAUGUUAGGACCGUCGGUGAUGAUGGCAAGCUCGAUGUGGCUGAAGAGGAAGAGGAAAUCCCGGACAUGGAGGAUGAGGAGGAAGAUGAUGAAGCUAUCAUCCGCGAUUACAGCAGCGCUGGGAAGAAGGGCGGCAAUGAUGGCCUCCGUAACUACACGCUGUACAUCACCUAUUCUCCAUAUUAUCGCACACCACGCCUCUACCUCUCCGGCUACGACUCGAACACGAACCACCCUCUCCAGCCUAUCAGCAUGAUGGAGGACAUUGUUGGCGACUACAAGGACAAGACUGUGACCCUCGAGGACUUCAACUUCACAGAUCCGCCCAUCAAGACUGCCUCCGUUCACCCAUGCAAGCACGCCAGCGUGAUGAAAGUGCUCCUCGACCGCGCCGAUGCGGCUCUCAAGCUUCGCACCGAGAAAAUCAAGCACGGCGGAAAGGCAGCCAAUACCGGUAUGGAGGGACUCGUCGACCAGACCGCCGCUCUCAACAUCAAGAAGGAUCAGACUGCCUCGCCGUCGAAGGGCAAAGACAAGGACAAUGAGGGCGACUGGGAGGUACUGCCGGCCGAGGAGUCCCAAGAGGAGCCAGCAAUCCGGGUUGAUCAAUACCUGGUCGUCUUCCUCAAAUUCAUGGCCUCGGUCACUCCAGGCAUCGAGCACGACUUCACCAUGAGUGUCUGA